UCUCUACACAGUGAUUUAAUCAUCAAGGAGAAAUAAAAUUCAGACCAUGAGAACUCUCAGUUGCCCAUGUAGCUCACUGUCUGAUCACUAAAGCCUCAUCCUUCUCGUUACACUUCCAUAUCUGCACAUGCUUCCGGCGCUGACGUUGGAGGGGCUCACACACCUCUCUCCCCUUAUGCUUUCUGUUUAUACAAGAGGCCGUUGGUGUUCACAGGUAUGUUCCAGGCAAGCAAAACCCACCUGAAUGAACUCCAGAUAAAACGCCUGGAGGAGAUCCUCAUUGUCAUUGACAAGCAGGACCAGAUCAUUGGGGCCGACACCAAGAGGAACUGCCACCUGAUGGAAACCAUUAACAAGGGCCUGCUACACCGAGGCUUCAGUGUGGUCCUCUUCAACACACAAAACCAGCUCUUGGUUCAGCAGAGAGCAGAUGCCAAGUACACUUUUCCUGGUGAGCCACCCAGACAUUUUACAGAUUCCUGUUCUAGUCACCCUUUAUAUGUGCCUGAGGAGCUGGAAGAGGAGGAUGCCGUGGGAGUGAGGAGGGCGGCCCUGAGACGUCUGCAGGCUGAACUGGGCAUCCCCCAGGACCAGACUUCCAUAAUGGACAGCAUUUUCAUGAACCGGAUCUACCACAAGAGUCCUUCUGAUGAUAUCUGGGGAGACCAUGAGAAUGGCUAUCUUUCUGUUGGUGAGGAAGAUCCCAGAGAAGUGAGAAGCUACAGCUAUAUGAGCCAGGAGGACGUGCAGGAGCUACUGGACAGGGGGACCCGUGGAGAAGAGAAGAUCACCCCUUGGUUCAGGACCAUUGCAGAAGGCUUCCUGUUAUCUUGGUGGCCCCAUUUAGAGGAUGUGUCCCCAUUUGUGGAGCCUGACAAGAUAUAUGGGCUGUGA